AUGGCAAGCUCUAGUAUAUGUUGUCAAAAAAAACGAAAGAUUAAAAGUACCAAUAGUAAUGCAAAGCGAUUUCAAUACAAAAAAGGUAGUUAUAAAUGUAGAUGUACAUGUGAUACUGAUAAAGAUGAUGACUUAGUAACAAAUAGUGGAACGUGCAAGGAUGAUGGUUCAACGACAGAUAACGAUACAGAUGAAGAUGGUCAAUCUGAUAGUGACACUAGUGACAAUACCAGUUCAGCAACGGAUAACGAUGCUAAUGAUGAUGACGAUGAAGAUAAUUCAGAAACAGAUGUUGAUUCAAUAACAACAAGCGAUACUGAUGAAGAUGACGAUAGCUAUUAA